AUGAACGGUUACAUUAGGUUCUUGAUUCUUUUGGUAGUGCUUUCGGCAUUGGACCAUUCGUUGGCCGUAAGGAACCAUAAAAGGGAUGGACACCGGGUGCCGAUUCAUCGGAAUCAUAAACGCGGCGAAAGAAACUUUGCUACGGCGCCUCAUGGAGAUGUUGGACGACGUUUGAAACAUUACAAGAGAGGCGUGAACAAAACCCGUCCAUUUGAAGCCGGUAUGGGGUACUACCAUCAGUAUGACAUUAUGCUGAAAGAGGACUUGAAUGAGAAUGCGGUUCCACUAGGAAGUAACCAAAACAUUAGAUGGCCAAAUGCUGUGGUACCGUAUGUGAUCACCGGAUCAUUCAGCCCGGCUGAAGUACAAGCCAUCCAGUGGACGAUCAACCACUACGCGGUAAAUACAUGCAUCCGCUUUGUACCACACACGACCGAAUCAGUUUACUUGAGGAUCGACAAUAGCGAAAGUGGUUGCUGGUCUUACGUUGGAAGAAGUACCGACAACUCGUACAAUUUGGUCAAUUUGCAAAAUCCUUCUUGCAUGGAAACGGGUACGGUUGCCCACGAGUUUAUGCAUGCUUUAGGAUUCUACCAUGAAUUUACCCGUCCGGAUCGUGAUAAUUGGGUUAAAAUCGACAUGAAGGCCCUCGAUCCACAAUACCAAACGCAGUCCUUCUUCGAUGCAAACUUUGGUAAGCUGUCGUUCGCACAAACUGAACUGUAUAAUAUCCCGUACAAUUAUGGUAGUGUGAUGCACUAUUCCAAAUGGGGUGGAGCAGUUGAUUACAACAGACCAGUGAUGAAUAAUCUGAAACCAUGGCCCUAUGCGGACUUUGGCAACGACACCGGUUUAUCUACUACAGACGUUAUGGCAGUCAACUACAUGUAUUGUCAUGCUACGACUGUUGGAUAA